UUGUUUACUUUUGCAUGUGAAACAAAAUGGAAGCAGACAGCACCUAGGAACUUGUUUGUAUGUGAGGCCCUAUAGCAUCUCUGUUCAUGUGCAGCCUUCGGAUGGAGAAAUCGAAAAGCAGCUUCCUGUACAGCCACAAAUCGUUUUCCUGGAUAAGAAGGGUCGAAGAGUUGACACAGUGGGGCCUCCCUCAGAACCCUGGGUUAUUUCAGCUCAUCUCAAGGGCUCCUCUGAGGCUGUGCUAAGAGGGCUCACUGAAGUACAGGUCAUAGGUGGAUGUGCAAGCUUUUCCAAUCUGGCUGUCUCCAGCUCAGGCACCAACUGGAACCUCGUGUUCACUGUCACAUCGCCACCAGGAGCUAAAUUCACUGUGCUAUCUCAGCCGUUUACCAUCUUCCCUGUGCCCGCUGGAGAGAAGGCCAGCUUGAUUCUUGUUGUCUUAAUGAGUGCAAUAGCAUCUGCAUUUGUCGUCACUCUUGUGCUCUGCUGGUUCAAGAAGAGCAAAAACAACAAAACAAGGACUAAGAGGACUGGUGUACCACAGGCCAGUACCAAGGCAUCUCAAAAGCAAGCACAUCCUCAUGCACCUCAUGUCCAGCACUGCUACGAUCGAAGACAGAAUGAGAACGGUGUGCCUGUAGCAGGAGAAGUGGAAGAGACUGAAGCAGUGAGACAUGAGAUGGGACAAGGGAAGGAGCUGAGCCCACAGCCGUGUGAAGCCACGCCAGUGAGAAAGGCAAACGCCCUACAGAGAAAGACAAGUAACAGAGAUAUCUUCUCUUCAGCUGGGAAAGGUGGCAAUCACCAACAGCCUUGUAGAGGAACAACUCCUGGGGACUCUAUGGAGCUCCAACAGGCAUCUAUCCUGGGGUGCUCGGCCCAGAAGGAUGUCCCACAGACUCCUGAUGGCUGUGUGAAUGUGGAAAGAGGGAAUUUGGAUGCAAUGUGCAGCCCUCAGGAGGAGGUCAGAGAGCAGAUUGCUAUGGGAGCGGCAGCAGAGGGAUAUCAGAAGUCAUGUCAGGCAGUGGAGCAAUGGCCAAGCAAGCUUUGCCUUUCUUGAGGUCACUGUGAAACUGUUUUGUUUUGUCUCUGUGGUUGGAGGAGUGCACAUACUGGCACAAAAAGCUGGAGUGUUAUGUUGUGGAUGUACAAAUGAACCUGUGAAAUUGCUCCACUGCCAACUGGGGGACCAUGGCUAUAUCUAGGCUACUAAUUAUAGAGCCAUAGAAUCAUUGAAUCAUUGAAUCGUAGAGUGGCUUGGGUUUGAAGGGACCUCGAAGCUCUCUUAGCUUCCAUAAAAACUAGAUGCAGACAAAUAACCUGUUGAGAAUAGUCCUUGGCUUCUGAUACCCUGAAACUCAGUCUUUAAGACUUGUUUGGAGGAGUGCUAGCUGGGUCAGGCCAAAGGCAUUCAGAGAUUACCAAGCAAUUCAGCACUGCAGGUGGGGGAGUUUCCACACCCACAACCUCACAUUAAUGUGCUCACACUGAUGUAGUCUUAGUAGCUAGAGCAAUAUUGAUUGGAGUGUUUACCCAUACAUAUGCAUAUAUAAGAAUUUCUUCUGAUCUUCCCUCUCAAAGAAUUUCAGUAUGUGCAUAAAUCUUCUCCUUUUUCUGAGGAAAAAACAAAUAAGCAACUGUUCAGUUUCACUGUGACUUCCAUGUUUCCCUAUUUAAAUCUGUGCUUAAGAAUAUUUGUUUUGUUUGGGUUUUUUUUUGAAAUUGCAGUGGUUUGUGUUUUGUGUUAUCUCUCCACCAUACCAUUAUUUUCUAACACCUUUAAAUCACUGACUUGUUAUGAACAGAACUGUUUAUGAGUGAUAAUAAUAAUACUGAUGUGCUUCAGCUGCUCUGAGAAUUCCUCUGUGCUUUGGUUUACUGAGCUGGAAGAUGAGGAACUUUAUUAUACUCUCUCUGUACCAUAAACUUCUUGGUUACAAUAUGCCCUGAUAGCAUGAGAAAAAAUGUAUACUUCUCUGUAAGAAAAAUACUUAUUUAGGAAGAAGGUGAGAUUCUUGAUUUGAAGAAUACCUUGAAACCUUGAUUUGAAGAAUAAACCAGGCUUCAAAUGUAUAGAACUAAGAUGCAGGUACUGCUUGGUGAGCUACUCAGUUCUCUGGGGAUGAAAGUCUUAUUCUAGAUCAUUAACCUAAAGGGAGCCCCAGUGUGUGCAAAAAUUCACAUUCCCUUGUUGUAAAGUACAUGUACCUUGAGUCUGAGUUGGAGGGUGAAGAUAUGGACCUGCCUGAUGCUUAAAAUGUGAACAGGAUGUAGAAGGUUAAUGAGAAAACAGAUUAUGUCUUUGGAGACAUAGAGAACGCUCAGCUGCAGUUAUCAGACCCUACUACCCAUUGGUUCAGCCAAAAUGGAAAAACUUCCUCAUUUAUUGAGGAUGCUCUUCAUCUGUACAAGCUCCCAAACUGUGAUUUUUCUGGGCGUUUUGUGGGUAAGUUCUAACUGGAUCAGCCUGGCAACAGCAGAGCAGUGCUUGAUCCCUGAUCCUUAUCCUCUUUUUGUCCAUCAGUGCCAGCACAGCCAUGAGGACUGAUGCACAUAUAUGAUCCCACCCACACUUCCCACUAAUAGAAGUAAAUCCUAUACUCAAGGCACUGAUCCUCUUGAAAUCAUGGCUUUGUAAUGUGAGAUCUUUUUGAUUUCAUUUAGAUUUCCUUUUUUGGAUGAGUUGUUUGACUCUAAAAGCAUCUCCAAUCUACCCAUGAGUAGUUCAUAUCAGGAUGUACAUGACAUGUACAUUGGUUAGAUGAACCUCAACCUGACAGAUAUAAGUGACAAAAGAACAAAUAAUACCUUUCUCUCUUGUCCUUCUGUUACAGUGUGAGAAUUCAAGAAGGCCUGAGCUGAAAGGGUGCAUAGUGUCUGUGCUGCUGGAAAAGAACCUCUGUUGCUCUUUCAUUCUGAUCAAAGAGGCAAUAAUUGAACCAAUUAAACUGCAAAUAAUA